AUGAUAUUAGAUUAAUAGCAACAUUAAGAAGCUCUGUAAGAAUUAAAGGAAGAUUCGACACAGAAAACUGCUGAUGGUUAGUAAAAACUAGAUGUUCAUAAACCUAGAGUUGAACAUUCAACUGAUGUUAAUAGGUCUUAAAUGUAACCUAUAAUUAAGCCAAGCGUUAAUUUCAUGUCUACAAUAAAUCCUGAGAUUAUGCUGCAGAAUCACAAUCAUUAAUAGGCUUAAGCAUAACUCGUAGAUCCAUUUUCAAAGAUUAAUAAUCCAAAGGCGAGAAAACUGAUACAGAAUGUUGACAGAUAGCAAAGAUAGGCAAGCAAUACUCAAGAUUAGAGACGUCAUGACUCGACAGGUGGCAGUGAUCAUAUUAAUUUAGAUUCAAGCUACACAACAUAAGUACCUAACGCCAGAAACGCUUAUCAUGGAGGUAAUAAUAUGAUAAAAACAAAUAGUAAAAACAUCUCCCCUCAAGAUAUGAUUAACAUGAGUUUUAGUUAAAGCCCAAAUAUACUAUUUGCAAAUUAAACACAGGCAGGCUUUUACUAAUCUAAAAAUAAUAACACUUCAGUUAAUAGUGGAAGAUAGUAAAUACCAUCUCCUUCAUACUAAAAUUACCUCUUCUCUGAGAAAUUAACCCCCUCUCAUUACAGGUCGCCCAUUUAGAUAAAUUAGCUAUUUACUCCUGGAAAUCCAGUUAUAAUUGAUGAUCAAAGAUAAUAAUAAUUCAUAAAAACAAGUACCAUAAAGCCAGGAAGGCCAAUCCCUAACAACUAGAAAUAAAACGAAAUCAUAUCAAAUUUGUAAGAAUAUUAAGAAGUUGACGGCUUUAGAAUAUCAUAAGUAAGUUCGUCUUUGGCAAAAUAUAGAUCAGCCUCAAGAUCACACGAACAACAACAAUAAUAACCAUCACAAAAGAUGAACAAAAAGUAAAUCAUCCCUCAAAUCUUAAACUAUAACUAUAGAGCAUCAAUGAACUCAGGAUUAUAAACUCCAGCUAUCUAUGGGAAAAAUAAGAAUGGUAGUACUUUUACUGCUGGAAACACUAACGCUAAGAUAUAAAAGAUUAAGGCACUAAAUACAUCAUUUCAGGAGGCUCAAUAAACCUUCACGAAUUUUAAUGACUCGAUUGAUAUUGACCUGAUGAUGAAUCCAAGUUUUCUUGGAAAGACAUAAAUCAAUUUUGCAAAGAAUAUCAUUACAAAUCAUAACUCAAGGAUGGGAAUCUCUUAGAAGAAAUCCUCCCCUUAACCACAAAGUGGUAGAUAAAACUCCCCGUAGCAUCCUAAAAACCUAUCAUUUUAGAUAGGUAAUCCUAAUCAAACUAUAAUAAUCAGAAAUCCCCCAUAAGCUACUCAUGUUAAACACAACAGUGAGCACUACUAAAAAAUUACCUAAAAUGAUAUUUUAAAGUCCAAAGCCGAGUUUAGAAUUCGAAAGGCAUAGGUAAACUUUGACAAGAAAAUAUAUAACAUAAUAAAUAGCUGA